UUUUCACAGCGACUCAGUUUGUUGUUUAGCUUCAGUCUUCGGACUCAAAUUUGACUUUUGGCUCACUUCAGAAGAGGGAAAUUUGGGGUUUGUUUGUCACCGGGAGCGCGACAGCAGCCGGAAGCAGUUUUGUUGUUGUUUGUUGUUUGUAAAUCAGAGUAUUGUGGAUCUGUUUGUGAUCGUCGGGAGGAGCUGCAGCCCGAUGCAGGCAGGUGAUGGAUGUCAGCGGGGUUCAAGGUCGAAGCUGCAGAAGAAAACUUCCUCCUUCUCUCUCCUCUCUCCUGACAGUUGGUCCCUCAGAGGGAAGAAGAGGAAGCAGACCAGCAGAGAUGCAGACUCACUCAGUCUCUGCAGUCUGGACAUCAAUGAGCCCAGCACCAAGCGCAGUAAACUCGUAUCCCGGGUGACGUCUCUGGCGAGCCUGCUGCCGCCCGUCAAGACCGUCCCGCUGAAGAGGAUUGGUCAGACGCUGCAGCGCUCCAUCAGUUUCCGUAAUGAGAGUCAGACAGAGAGAGCCUCCCAUCCUCCUCCUCCCUCCUCCUCAUCCGCAGUGAAGACGCGCGUUAUCUCAGCGACGGUGUCCAACACCUCCUCCUCCAUGACUGCAGCACGAGUUUCCACUUCAACUGCCCAGGCUGCCAAGCGCCGUGACAGCAAGCUUUGGAGUGAGACGUUUGACGUCCGGCUGGGAGCGACGCAACCUUUGAGCCCAAAAGAGAUAAAACGGCAAGAGGCUAUAUUUGAGUUGGCUCAGGGCGAGCAAGACUUAGUGGAGGAUCUCAAAUUGGCUAAAAAGGCAUACCGUGACCCGAUGCUGAAGCUAUCCAUCAUGACUGAGCAGGAGCUGACCCAGAUCUUUGGCACGCUGGACUCGCUGAUACCCCUGCAUGAAGACCUGCUGAGUCGCCUCCGAGAUGCCAGAAAACCUGACGGGUCCACAGAACAUGUGGGACACAUCCUGACUGACUGGCUGCCCUGUCUCUCCUCCUACACUGCGUACUGCAGUAACCAGGUGAAGGCUAAGUCCUUGCUGGACCAGAAGAAGCAGGAUCGGCGGGUUCAGGACUUCUUGCAGCGCUGUCUCCAAUCACCAUUUAGCAGGAAAUUGGACCUGUGGAACUUCCUGGACAUUCCCCGCAGUCGACUGGUGAAAUACCCGCUGCUGCUCAGGGAGAUCCUGAAGCACACGGCCAACGACCAUCCGGACCGGCAGCACCUGGACGAGGCGAUGCUGAUGGUUCAGAGCGUGGUGGCGGACAUCAACAGGCGGACAGGCGAGUCAGAGUGUCAGUACUACAAGGACCGCCUGCUGUACACUGAGGAGGGACAGAGGGACGAACUCAUCGAGCGGUCCAGGACCCUCAGCUGCCACGGAGAGCUGAAGAACAACAGAGGACUCAAGCUCCAUGUGUUCCUGUUCCAGGACGUCCUCGUCAUCACCCGGUCCGUCUCGCUGAACGACCAGCCGGUCAGCUACCAGCUCUGCCGCCAGCCAAUCCCCAUCCGGCAGCUGGACCUCGAGGACCUAUCAGACGGAGAGAUGAGGGUGGGCGGCUCCAUCAGAGGAGCCUUCAGCAACAACGAGCGAACAAAAAAUUUCUUCCGGGUUUCGGACCGUACCGGCAUUCAGCUGCAGAGCCACUGCUUCCAGGCCAGCGACGCCUUCAACAAACAACAGUGGAUCAACUGCAUCAGACAAGCCAAAGAGGCCGCAGCUCUGACCGGAGACCAGCCACCGCAGACAGGACAGUGUCUGGAGACAGGGCUGGGGGGACAGAUAGCCCUUGGUGAGACAGGGCUUGAUGAUGAGAAGGGGGUGUGGGGGGAGGCGGAGACGGGGCUGGAAGCAGAGCAAGGAGAGAGAGAUGUUGAUGUGGGUGAAGAGGCUGUGGUGACACAUGACACAAUGACAGGUAGAGAGAUGGAGACGGGUUUGGGUGUGGAUGGUGGGACGAGUUUGGAAUCAGAAACAGGGAUGGAGGGUGAGACGAGGCUGACAGAGACAGGUGAGAUGGAGACGGUUGUAGAUGGGGAGAUGGAGGAGACAGGAGACAGAGCAGACUGCAGGAUGGAUGGAGGAGAAGAAGGAGAAACUGUGAGCGGAGGCACUGAUGAUGUUUCCACCUCCCUUCUCUCUUCUGCUUCUCCCUGUCAGAAGGAGAAGGGGGUGAUGGAGGAGGAGGAGGAGGACAGGGAGGUGAUGGAGGAGGAGUACAGUGGCGGCGAGGAGGGGGAAGAGGUUGGCAUGGACACGGGCGAGGUUGACUCACUGCAGUGCGAGGAGCUGAACCUCAGGUGCUGAUGCUCGGACCAAAAAACUGACCCUGACAGCCAAUCAAAUCGGGGGACUUGAUGAUGAUGUCAUUGACAAAGUCAAGAACAUCAAACUUGUCAAAAGACCGUUGACGUGACAACACAAACAUACUAAACGGGGCCCUUCGUAUUUCCUGUUGGAAUGUUUUACAGACUUCCUUAUAAUACAUCCAUGGUUUGCGGAUGACAUCAGCUGACAGGAAGUAAACGUCGACCCAAGCUGUUGCCUAGCAAUGCAAUUCCAGUGAAACGGUCAUUAGCCAUCGUGUUCCGGAACACUGUAUCUGCUGUAUCCUGGCUGCUGGUAUCUAUGGCAACCGAUCUGUUCUAGAACGCCACAAAAAACAGUGUGUCCACGACAAUCCAGAACACUGAGAACUGGAUACCAUGCUUAAAGGGGACCUAUUAUGCUUUUGUUUGGUUUUUUUAAUUGUUUUGUGUAGCAUUUUUGUGGUUUUAAAAGGUCUCCUAAGUAAUAAAGUGCAAAGUCCAAACCAAAGGGAGCUCGCUCUCCCUCAGAAGACACUGCUCCCAGGCUGCCUGAAACAGCUCGUUUGAGUUUCAGUGUCUACUUCCGUAACUUGGUGACAUCACAAUGUAAUAAAUAGAUUGAAUGUGCAUAGAGAGAGCCAGCUGACCAAUCAGAUCAGAAGUGCUGUAGAAAAGGACACUAUGAGACACAUGAUGUGUUUUUAAAGCAUGUAAACCUAUUCUAGUAGAUUCCCAAAAUGCAAAUAUGAUCCCAAAAAUUUGCAUAAAAGGGCCUCUUUAAAGACGGUGUCCCGCUCAUUCCAGAGAAAGUUGCUCACCAGGCACACAUUGCAAACAUGUUUGUCAAGUUUCCUCAGGCUUUCUUUUUUUAGAGCAACUUCUCGCUGACUCCACGCACAUGAAUAGCACAGUACUUUUUUUUUUUUUUUACUGAUAAAGCUCUUCAAGAUUUAAACACACGAUGUGUAAUUUUCUGCCACUAUGGGUCUCUCAGUCAAAACAGUGAGGAAAUAUGAAGCAAUACCGUUAUUGCAGUUAGUUUCUCCUGGUUAAAUUCCUUAGUGUUCGUCAUUCAGAAGGUUUUUACCAGAAACUAGAAGAACUUUUGAAGAAUUCUAUCAAUGUAGUCUAUUUCUAAGAAAUUUUUAAAUAAUGUUUAAGACACUGGAGAAGACAGCUGUGCAUGCUGUACUAAUGGAUAAAGUUCCAAAUUACUUAUCAGGCUAUCAGUCAGACAUCACAACAAUUUGUGCUUAUAUGUUAUGAAUGUGAAUGUAUUUGUACAUUCAACAAGUAUUUGCUAAAAACUGCAAGUCUCAAACAAACACAGCCUUCUACAGAUAAUGUUCAUGUGCAACCACUCUGCAGCAGAGCUGCAACAAUUUACAAUUACAAUUUAAUUUACAAUUUAAUUUGUGUUCAUACAUUGGAGGAGUGUGUAGCCUUACAGCAUCAUGUGUAACUCUCAUGUGUAACCGUGGUGAUUCUGACCUGUCAUUGCCUGCCGCCUCAAACCUGCACUAAUCAAUAUUUUUAAUAUAACUAUUAAAUAAAAUAACUCUGUUGUAAAAGGUUGUGACAUCUUUUGAACCUACUGAUUAUUUUAACCUCUUGUAGGUGCUAGUUUUGGGAUUAUGGCACAUUUACUCCAUGAUUCAGUAUCAGUGUUUCCAGUUUUGUUUUUUUUUUCAAAUGUGCUAUGUGGAACUUGAGCACCUGUCCUCAACAAUGCCUGAGCACGGCACUGAUUGGCAUCACACUCUUCAGAUGGACACAAACAGGACUCCAGUGAGAUGAUGUUGCUCUUUAAUGAUAACUUUCUAAAAAUGAAAUGGUGGUGGUUUCUGUGUAUCUGUCAGCCUGUUGGAUGCUUCUCCAUCUAAGCGCCAAAAAUGUAUUAAUGCAGUGUUUACAAUAUGCGGCGUUUACACAGUAAAACUGCUGAGAAUUAAUAACUAAAAAUGCAGUCAGGGAAUGUUUUGCAGUCAUUAACUAUGUGCCAAAAAAGGUGGUAUAACCUUUUCCUUGACUAUAUUUGCUAAUCCCAAAUUUAUGUAUGAAUGGAAUUCAUUUGAGACACAGUUGCCGAUGCAGUAUUGUAAUUUUAUCUUGAAGUACAUUUAAAGCAUUCCCAAUGCGAUAAGGUUAAAUGGAUUUUCAUUUUUUUUAACAAUCAAUCCUGACAGUUUGUUCUCAACAUCCUGUAAAACUGAAACGGCUGCUGUAGGUGUCACUACAGAGCCGAAAUAUUCAGUGUUUCGUCGAGACAAUCAGAGAAGUCCUGAAGCAGGAGCCUGUUGUGUAUGUACUGUAUGUAUGUAAAGAAUGUACAUUAAGUAUAUAUGUAUAUGAAUGUAGGAACAAAGCCAAUCAUGUCUGUUAUAUAUGUGCUCACACAUUACACGUGAAAUGUGACUUAAAAUGUGGAGACAAUCAGUUUGAUAUUAUGAAUUACCUUCAUCAGGAUAGUUGUGAUGCUGUAAGUUGAUUUUUAUUCUGCUGAGUUAAAAAAAGAAAAAGGUAAUAUGUAGUUCAGGUGUCAACUAAUGUGUGUUGUCACAAGACCAAAGCAUCAAUAAACUGUUGUAAAAAGAAA